CAUCCUGUUUUAUUAAUUUUUUUUUUUCCAAGCGAAAAUGGCUGCCUGUCUCAUCUAAACCUCUGGCUGAAGGAUUAAAUUAAUAUGAAAUAAAGAGCAGAAACCGCAGUCCAGCUUGAAGACAGCAGUGAUGGGCGUCAGGGCGUAGUUUGCGCAGCGCCUGCACAAAGAUGUUGUGGCUGCCAGAGAAGGAAAAUGUAUGCGAUUCAACAUUAACCCUUUCCUGUCCAACAUCCACCAACAAAUAAGUUUGCCUCGCUUUGUCUUGACAUCACUGAUGUUUUGCGCUGCAGCGCUGAAAGGCCUGUUUGCCCCACUAAAACAGAAAAUGAUGCACCAAGUGACCAGCAGCAACAGUGACUAUUGUAUGAGUGGACUGGCAGAGGACUGUCACCCAGCCAGCCACUUUGAUCUAUGUAGCACACAGUCCAACAAAUUCUACUCCUCUCCGACGGCCCCUGGUUUACAGCUGUCCCUUGCAGGCUUAGCCCCAUUGCCACAGAGCAUGCACAAAACCACAGCAUGUCAAAUGCAAGACACCCAGAGUGACUUCCAGUCUCAGACGGUGAGAAUCAGGAGCAGUGAGGCUGCAGGGCCCGAUGGCUCUAAGAAGAAGAAGGGAAUGGUGAAGUCAGGGCGGAGAGGGAGGCCAUCGGGAACCACAAAGUCAGCCGGUUACCGUACAAGUACUGGACGGCCACUUGGAACAACUAGAGCAGCUGGGUUCAAAACCAGCCCAGGGAGGCCCCUCGGUACCACCAAAGCAGCAGGAUACAAGGUCAGCCCCGGCAGGCCUCCCGGCAGCAUCAAGAGUCUAGCUCGGCUCAAGAAGCUUGACUUUAACAACUGCAGUGUUCCCAAGAAACUGGACUUCACCACCUGUGAUGUUCCACCUUUUCCAUACACCAUGAUGGAGAAAAGACCCCUCUGUGAGCCCGGUGGCAAAGUGGAUGAAACCAGCGAAUAGGAGGAAGGAACUUUUUGCCAUUUAGAAAACGGCUCUCACUGAGUUUUAAGUUGUACAGUUGUCUUCAUCCUCUCAUAAUAAAUGGCUGAAUUAGAAGUAUGUUAUUCCAGUCUGGCAGAGAUGCAUGCAUAUGAAUUAAUCACACCAAUCAGUAAAGGCAAAAAUGUAUUCAUCAGUUUGUGGUUGAAACCUCACCAGAGAGUGGAACUUUUUUUUUUUUUCUUCCCCCUCAAGUGUUUUGUUCCUCUCGUUUGUGACACGCUCUCUUACUCUGCUUUAAUAUUUCUAUGGCCGAGUUCUUGUGACAUUUUCUACAUUUAUAAAAAUUGCUUUUUAGUACAACCAGUCAAUCAAAUCAGCUUUUUUGCUGAGCGUAAACAUGUGGAUGUGUAGUUGUCCUUUCUGUGUCGUCCAGUUUAAUAUGUGUGCUUUAUUUUGUGAUGUUAUCCAAGCCUAAAAUGGGAACACUGAGGUACAUUUUUCUAUUAGCUUUAACUGGUUAAAAACUCAACGCAUUAUAUCCUUUUUAAACACAGUAUUUGUUUUUUUUCUGCACUUUGUGAAUAUAGUUUGGAUUAUGUAUCGUAACAGCCUGUUUUUUGUCCCAACAAACUGAUUUAAUAAGCACUUCCAGAUCUACAUGUAUGUUGCAACGCUGUUCAUUAUCAUAGUAAACAAAAAAAAAGGCUUCGUGGAAUAUGUAAUAAAUGCUAAUGUGCUGUAUGUGAAACCAAAAUAAAAGAAAGAAAUUGUCUUUUCCAUAUAA